AUGCCUUUUUUUAUUUCCUUCAGAAAACCUCUUCUUAAUAUAGUUAAAGCCUUCUCUACAAGAUCUUUUAUUAAUCAAUAUCUUCCUGUUAUCUCAGUAGCAUGUUCUCCUGGCAAGAAAUCCCAAACAUCUAAGAUUAUACUAAGUUCAUUGGAUAAUUCAUGGGAAACAUUAAAAAAAAGAAUAAGAAAUACAAGUCAAAUAGAUUGGAGAUUUAAGAAUAUUCAGGAUUCAUUUUUUGUAUCGGAACUUAAAGAAAUUGGAGGGAAAAAAGAAAUAGCAGUUGGUAUUUUUGAUGGAGUUGGGGGUUGGGAAACAUCUAAUAUUGAUGUCAAAUGUUUUUCAUGGGGAAUAAGUGAAAAAACAGAAAAUAUUUUUAAAGAACAGACAAAAAAAGAAGAUACGAUAGUAGAAGCUCUUAAAAAAGGGUUUGAAGAGGUUUUAAUGGACAAAAAUAUAGUUGGAGGGGGAGCAACAGUAUGUUUGGGUCAAUUUUAUUAUGAAAAAGGAAAUAUAAAAAUCAUAAAUCUCGGAGAUUCGGGAUAUUCAAUUUAUCGUAACGGGAUUCUUUUAUUCAAAUCGAAUAUACAGACCCAUUUUUUUAAUGCACCUUUUCAGCUUUCUAAGAUUCCUUUAGAUCUUUUAAAACAAAGUAAAGAAGGGGGGAAAACAUAUUUAAAAAAUGAAGUAGAUGAUGCAGAUAUAUAUAAUCAUGAUUUAAAACAUGGGGAUGUAAUUGUAUUUGCAACAGAUGGUGUUUUAGAUAAUUUAUUUUUUGAGAAUAUGGAAAUGAUUAUUACAAAAACACUUGUUAAUGCAGGAAUUUGGUUAAAAUCAGGACAAAAUGUCUUGCCAUAUGAAGGCAAUAUUUCAAAAGAUCAAUUAUUAGUCGCUACACAAGUUUCUAAACAUCUUGUUGUUUCUGCAAAAAAAAUUGCACAAAACACAAAAAUUGAUACACCAUUUGCUCAAGAAGCUAGAAAACAUCAUUUUUUUUAUAAAGGAGGGUACAAUUAG